GCCGCGGAUGGGAGGAGCUUCUUAGGGGGGCGCUGGCUCCGGAGAGGCGAGGCCUGAGCCCUGCCCCAGAGGGCGCGGCCACACCUGGAGCCCAGAAGGCGUGUCCGCGCUGGGUGCGCGUCCCAAGGCCCGGCUGCAGGGAUGUGGGGCGAAGGUAGCAGAGCAAAAGUGUGGGCGCUAGGUCACUUUAGAGUGGGCCAUCCGAGACCGGGACCAGAAGAUCCCUGGCAGAGCCAGGGCCCCAGGAGGCACAGGCGCCAAUCGGGUCAGGUCGAGGCGCUUUCUUCAGGGAGGGUCUCAGGAGAGCGGAGCGGGCACCGACCGAGAGGCUCCGGGCGGAAAGAGAAACCGAAAGCGGCUGGUGGGCGGGGCUGUUGGGGCGGGGCCACUUUCUCGCCCGCUUAAGAGCCUGAUGCAGGGGCGGGUAGCCCCAGAGCGAGCUGCGGCCGUGGCAGCUGCACGGCUCCCGGCCUCGGAGCAUGCGCGACAGCCGCCCCGGAGCCCCCAGUCGCGGCGCCCCGCGUCCCGCCGCCAGCGCAGCCCCGGACGCUAUGGCCCACCCCACCGGCUGGCCCCUCGAGUAGGAUGGUAGCACGCAACCAAGUGGCAGCCGACAAUGCGAUCUCCCCGGCAGCAGAGCCCAGACGGCGGCCAGAGCCUUCGUCCUCGUCCACGUCUUCAUCUUCGUCCUCGUCCUCGCCGGCCGUCCCUGCGCGUCCGCGGCCCUGCCCGGCGGUCCCGGCACCGGCCCCCGGCGACACGCAUUUCCGCACGUUCCGCUCCCACGCCGAUUACCGGCGCAUCACGCGGGCCAGCGCGCUCCUGGACGCCUGCGGCUUCUACUGGGGGCCCCUGAGCGUGCACGGGGCGCACGAGCGGCUGCGCGCCGAGCCGGUGGGCACCUUCCUGGUGCGCGACAGUCGCCAGCGGAACUGCUUCUUCGCGCUUAGCGUGAAGAUGGCCUCGGGCCCCACGAGCAUCCGCGUGCACUUCCAGGCCGGUCGCUUCCACCUGGAUGGCAGCCGCGAGACCUUCGACUGCCUCUUCGAGCUGCUGGAGCACUACGUGGCGGCCCCGCGCCGCAUGCUGGGGGCCCCGCUGCGCCAGCGCCGCGUGCGGCCGCUGCAGGAGCUGUGUCGCCAGCGCAUCGUGGCCACCGUGGGACGAGAGAACCUGGCGCGCAUCCCCCUCAACCCUGUCCUCCGAGACUACCUGAGUUCCUUCCCCUUCCAGAUCUGAUCGGCCGCCCCGCCGUGCGCACAGCAUUAAGUGGGGGCGCCGUAUUGUUUAUUAUUAAUUAUUAUUUUCCUGGAACCACAUGGGAGCCCUCCCUGCCUGGGUCGGAGGGAGUGGGUGUGGGGGGCGAGGAGCCUCCCGCUCCAGGCUGGAGACCCCUCCCCGCCUCUUGGGGGCCCCCCCUCCUGGUGCUCCCUCUGGGUCCCCCUGGUUGUUGUAGCAGCUUGUGUCUGGGGCCAGGACCUGAACGCUAUUCCUACCUCUCCAUGUUUACAUAUUCCCAGUAUCUUUGCACAAACCAGGGGUGGGGGAGGGUCUCUGGCUUCAUUUUUCUGCUAUGCAGAAUAUCCUAUUUUAUAUUUUUUACAGUCAGUUUAGGUAAUAAACUUUAUUAUGAAAGUUUUUUUUUU